CAACCGCUACAUAUCAAUUUUUGAUAAUAUAAAUCAUGACGUUACUUAAAUAACAAUAGAUGAUAAGCAUUAAAACAUAUUUGGAGUUUUACAUUUUCUGAGUUUCUGACUUUCCUAGUCUGCGUAUGCCUAGUCAAGAUGAAAUAGCUACAGCGUUAUUUUUGCUACGGUGCAAUUUGCCUUUCACUUUUUUUUAUUCUUGUUCAAACUUUUUCUUAAAAUAUAAUAGUAAACUGCUAUUUUAUACAUUGCUAAUUUUUUCUAUUACUUUAAGUUUAUAAAAAAUUAUUGCAAUGGAUAGUAAUGAUGUUAUUGAAGAAGAUCAGCUUGAACCUUCUCUACAAAACGUAAUCAGCCAGAGUAGUUUAAAAUGGAUUUUUGUUGGUGGAAAAGGAGGYGUUGGUAAAACUACUUGCAGUUGUAGUUUGGCUAUUCAAUUAGCCAAAGUUCGUGAAUCAGUACUUCUAUUAUCAACUGAUCCAGCACACAACAUAUCUGAUGCUUUUGGACAACGAUUUACUAAAGCACCUACUAAAGUCGAAGGUUUCAAUAAUUUAUUUGCUAUGGAAGUAGACCCUGAUGUUAACAGUGAAAAUGAAAAUUUACUUGGAAGUGAAGAUGAAUCUGAUACAAUGCGAUUAGGUAAAAGUAUUAUACAAGACAUUAUUGGAGCAUUUCCAGGUAUUGAUGAGUCGAUGAGUUAUGCUCAAGUGAUGAAGUUGGUUAAGAGCAUGAACUUUUCAGUAGUUGUAUUUGACACUGCUCCUACUGGACAUACUUUGAGACUACUGACAUUCCCUUUAAUGAUGGAAAAAGCUAUAGGAAAAAUAUUGGAAUUGAAAAAUAGAAUAGGUCCUUACCUAAAUCAAAUGAGUAUGCUUUUUGGAGCUGGUAUUAAUGUAGAUGAUAUUUCACAAAAACUUGAAGAAAUGUUGGCUACCAUUAAGACAGUUAAUCAGCAAUUCAGAAAUCCAGAUCAAACCACAUUUAUUUGUGUGUGUAUUGCUGAAUUUUUGUCAUUGUAUGAAACAGAAAGGCUUAUCCAAGAAUUAACCAAAAAUGAAAUUGACACCCAUAAUAUUAUUGUUAAUCAAUUGUACAUUAACAAUGGAGAUUCUGAUCCCAGUUGUAAAAAGUGUUCUUCCAGGCGAGCUUUACANUACAGAAGUAUUAAGGUGAAUCUACGUGGAAUUUUGGGGAUUCAAACUUAA